UUUCAAUGAAAUUUGAAUAUAAAUGACAAACUGAAGGACUUAAUAUACAUAUUCUAUCAAAAUAAUCAUAACCGUACAUGUGAGACGAGACAAAAGAGAAAUGAGUAAAAAAAAGAGAAAGCACAAAGUAAAAAAAUAAAGAAGAAAAAAGUAUAUUACAUUGAAUAGAGGUUGGGGUUACGUGGCAGCUAACCAGCACUACAAGGCUAAAUCGUCCGCUUACGUUUCUUUUCGUCGUUUUCCUCUCUCUCUCUCUUAUCAAUUACUGUAUGCAUAUCGCCGCCUCUGUUACUAAGCAGUAACCACCAUUACUGAACUUCCACCUACAAAAUCAAAUCCAUCCCAAAACCCAGACAAUGAAAUAGAAACAACAGAUGGUGGGUCUUAGCAUCGUUCUUGAAUCACCCAACCAAAAGGGUAUUAUGAGGAGAAACCCACAAGUUAUCAACAAAUCAUCCAUAAUCAAAUCUCCGAUCACCGCCGGUUCUGGGUUUCUCGAUAACUGCUCUCUCUGUCGCCGGAAACUCUUGCCUUCCAAAGAUAUCUACAUGUACAAAGGAGAUAGGGCUUUCUGUAGCGAGGAAUGCAGAUGCAGGCAGAUUUUUAUGGAUGAAGAAGAAGAUGACGACAUCGUUUCUAGCUCUCAUCUGAAAGAGAACUGUGGGUUUGCCGCCAUGAUAUCGUCGCCAACGGCGUCUUUUUAUUCUUCUUCAUCGGGAGCUGCCGGUGCUACAUCCUCCUCCGGCAGUCGUAAAGGGAGGAACAGAGAAGGCGCCGCCAACGGUUCUGGGUAGUACUGAUGAGGAGGAUGAAUAAUAUUUUCCAGAUUUACCCUUUUUUUUAAAUGCAGAAGGAAAUUGAUGAUAAUGUUUUCUUUCAGCUCAUUGGUUUUGGUUUGUACCGUUUUACCUGUCUUCACUUCUGUUUUCUUGUCGUGUAGUGAAAGGGUAGUUGUGUCAUUUUAUGAUAUGCUGGAAGUAAUUUUUUUCUUUUGUGUGGGGGUUGUAGUUAAUCGAUCUAGUCUAUGAAAAUAGAUAGAGUGGGUAAAAGUCUAUUAAAUCUGUUAGCUAUAUUAAAAGAAAUAUUUUUAAUUUUAA